AUGCGCGAGGACCAUGAGGAUGACCAGGACUGGCAGUCCCCGACGCGGCUGGGGAAGCGCAAGACGUCGCGGCGGAUGGCGCGGUCCCCGGACGAGAAGCCGUCGCGUGAGACCGCAAACUAUGGGACUGGAUGCCGCUUCGACAGCAGCCUAGGCAUGCUGACCAAGAAAUUCCUGAACCUGAUCGAAAAGGCAGAGGAUGGAAUCCUGGACCUGAACCAAGCGGCGGAGGAGUUGCAGGUCCAGAAGCGUCGGAUCUACGACAUCACCAACGUGCUGGAGGGCGUCGGCCUCAUAGAGAAGAAGUCCAAGAACAACAUCUUGUGGAAGCCCAUGGUGAUGGAGCCCGCGGUGCUGCCUGGGCCCGACGCGGACGCGCAGCAGGAGAUGCUCGACGCGCUGAACCAGCAGACGGCCAUGCUCAGGGACCAGGAGGGCGCGCUCGAUGCCCAGAUCGCGUCUGUGAUGGACGCGCUGCGCGGCAUGACUGAGCACCCCGCCAACAAGCCGUACCUGUUUGUGACGGACGAGGACAUCACGGGGCUGCCCUGCUUCGCGCACGGCCUGACCAUGUCGCUUAUUGGUCUCAAUUGCUGUUGA